CCUCAGGAUGGAGGACGGCUACCAAAACCGGACUGCCUUCAUGAAAGGUGCCAAAGACAUAGCCAAAGAAGUGAAGCGGCAGGCCACCAAGAAGGUGGGCCGCUCGGUGGACCGCAUGAGCGACGAGUACAGCAAGCGCUCCUACAGCCGCUUCGAGGAGGACGACGACGACGACUACCCCAUGCAGGGGGGCCAGGACGGCGGCUACUACCGCGGCGACAGCCAGGCGGCCAACGACGACGAGGGCGGCCACAGCGACUCCACCGAGGGCCACGACGAGGACGACGAGAUCUACGAGGGCGAGUACCAGGGCAUCCCCCGGGCCGACUCGGGCAAGGGCAGCCUGGCCGGCGGCCCCGAGUCGGUGCGGGCCGGGGCCCAGCAGUUCAGGGACGUGGGCGUGAGCGAGGCCGAGCGCAAGAAGGACCAGGAGGAGCUGGCGCAGCAGUACGAGACCAUCCUGCAGGAGUGCGGCCACGGCAAGUUCCAGUGGAGCCUGUACUUCGUGCUGGGGCUGGCGCUCAUGGCGGACGGCGUGGAGAUCUUCGUGGUGGGCUUCGUCCUGCCCAGCGCCGAGAAGGACAUGUGUCUGUCCGAACCCAACAAGAGCAUGCUGGGUCUGAUCGUGUAUUUCGGGAUGAUGGUCGGGGCUUUCCUGUGGGGCGCCCUGGCUGACCGGAUAGGCCGUCGACAGUCUCUCCUCAUCUCUCUGUCCAUCAACAGCGUCUUCUCAUUCUUCUCGUCCUUCGUCCAGGGUUACAGCACCUUCCUGUUCUGCCGCCUGCUCUCAGGCGUUGGAAUCGGAGGCUCGAUCCCCAUCGUUUUCUCCUACUACUCUGAGUUUUUGGCCCAGGAGAAGCGCGGCGAGCACCUCAGCUGGCUCUGCAUGUUCUGGAUGAUCGGGGGAAUAUAUGCAUCUGCUAUGGCCUGGGCUAUAAUCCCCCAUUAUGGAUGGAGUUUCCAGAUGGGCUCGGCGUAUCAGUUCCACAGCUGGCGCGUGUUUGUGCUGGUGUGCGCGUUCCCCUCCGUCGCCGCCAUCGCCGCCCUCAGUGCCAUGCCGGAGAGCCCACGCUUCUACUUAGAGAACGGAAAACACGACGAAGGCUGGAUGAUCCUCAAGCAAGUUCAUGACACCAACAUGCGGGCGAAGGGAUACCCUGAGAGGGUGUUUUCUGUCACUACGAUCAAGACUGUGAAGCAGAUGGACGAGCUGGUGGACACUGGCACCGACACUCCGGUCUGGCAGCGCUACAGGCUGAAGAUCAUGAGCCUUUCCCGACAGAUCCGGAACAACAUCCUGGCCUGCUUCAGCCCAGAGUACAAGCGAACGACCUUCAUGCUCAUGGCUGUGUGGUUUUCCAUGUCCUUCAGCUAUUACGGCCUGACCGUGUGGUUCCCCGACAUGAUCAAGUACAUCCAGAAGCAGGAAUACGAGUCUCGCACCAAGACCUUCAGCAAGGAGCAGGUGCAGCACGUCACCUUCAACUUCACCCUGGAAAACCAAGUGCACCGCCAGGGACACUACUUCAAUGACAGGUUCCACAACCUGAAGCUGAAGUCUAUGGUGUUUGAGGAUUCAGUGUUUGAGGAGUGCUAUUUCGAGGAUAUCACCUCCACGCACACCAUCUUCAGGAACUGCACCUUCAUCGCAACUUUGUUUUAUAACACAGAUUUGUUCAAGUACAGACUUGUCAACUGCAAGCUCAUCAACAGCACGUUUAUACACAACAAGGAGGGCUGCAUGCUCGACUUCAGCGACGACUUCAACAAUGCCUACAUGAUUUACUUCGUCAGUUUCCUCGGCACACUGGCAGUGUUGCCCGGCAACAUCGUGUCGGCUCUUUUAAUGGACAAAAUUGGACGUUUAAGGAUGCUGGCGGGAUCCAGCGUCAUAUCUUGUGUCAGCUGUUUCUUCCUGAUGUUCGGCAACAGCGAGUCGGGGAUGAUCGCCCUCCUGUGUCUGUUCGGGGGCAUCAGCAUCGCUUCCUGGAACGCCCUGGAUGUGAUCACAGUGGAGCUGUACCCCUCGGAUAAAAGAACCACGGCGUUCGGCUUCCUGAACGCUCUCUGUAAACUGGCCGCCGUGCUGGGAAUCAGCAUCUUCCAGUCCUUUGUUGGCAUCACCAAGGCCGUACCCAUCCUCUUCGCCGCCGGCGCGCUCGCCGCCGGCAGCUUCCUCGCCACCAAGUUGCCCGAGACGAGAGGCCAAGUGCUGCAGUAAACGGGGCGACCAGCGUUAGGCGGCGGAGUGCAGCUGGAGCUUGUGUCUGACAACCAGAGCCCGAACAUCCCAGAGUGCUUCAGUGCUGCCCUGCACACACCAACAGAACAGACUGACAUCCCCAUUGUGAGCCCAGAAUCCUUUGAAAUGUGGAUCGCACCAUUCAGAGUCUUCACGAAGGAGAGCGAGCAGAUGUAGAGAAAGAUCCCUGCAUCACGGUAACAUCUGCAAUCCCUUUAUUUCAGCUGCUCUGUCAGGCAAAAAAACAAACAAACAAAACAAAAAUAAAUCCCCAACUUUUGCAGGGCGAUGUGGUACAAGUGGAAAAGUGCAUGUAUGAGAAAAAAAAGCCCUUAGAUCUACAGUGAAACGACAGAACGGCCAAAUAAAGAGAUGAGACUGA